ACUAGGCCUGUCCACUCUGGCGUUGAGAUUUGUGAUGUGCUGGUUUUGUUGUGAACACAAUUUUUUUAAUUUUUUAAUUUGAUUUGCGAGGCUUGUGCGAGUGCGUGCCGAGACAGCGGAGCAUCGGACGGAAGGCGGAAGUGGACGUGUAAGUGCAGCAUGCGCCAGGCGAUCUAGGCAACGGCAGUAGGACAGCAACGUUGCAGCCAAACCGAGCGCAUUCGGAGUUACCUAGAAAUGACCAUGGGCGAGCCAACCUCGUCUCUUGUUCUGCCCGUCAUACUGCGGCCUAUUUUCUCACAGCUCGAGCGACGCGACGUCGGCGCUGCCCAGUCUCUGCGCUCGGCCAUUCUCAAGUCUGAGCAGAACAAUCCGGGCUUCUGCUACGACCUCGUGGCCACGAUCGUGCGGCGGGCCGAUCUAAAUGUCAACCUGAACGAGGCCGUGCUCCGGUUGCAGGGCAACAUUACGGAAGCGGACCUAAAUGAAUACCGCUUGACGCGCACCGAGGAGCCUUUCCAAGAGCUCAACCGCAAGUCCGUGGCCCUGAAGGUGAUCCUCAGCCGCAUCCCCGAUGAGAUAAACGACAGGAAGACUUUCCUGGAGACUAUUAAGGAAAUCGCCAGCGCCAUAAAGAAACUGCUCGAUGUGGUCAACGAGAUCGGCUCGUUCAUACCGGGCGUUACGGGCAAGCAGGCUGUGGAGCAGCGGAAGAAGGAGUUUGUCAAAUAUUCCAAGAAGUUCAGCACAACGCUGAAGGAGUACUUCAAAGAAGGACAACCGAAUGCAGUAUUCAUAAGUGCACUUUUUCUAAUACGGCAAACGAAUCAAAUAAUGCUGACAGUUAAGAGUAAAUGCGAGUAGGAAAUUAAACCAUUUAAUUAUGGCAAAUUUAGUGGCAUUUUAAUUUUAUUUUUAAAUAACCAUUUAACCACAAGCACACCACACACAACAAAAAUCAUAUAAAAACCAAGAGAGAACACUUACUUCAAUAACGAAAAUCGCCCGACUAAAAACGCCCAAGUUGAAAUGUUUGAACGCAAAUGAAAAAUCUGUUGUAACUACAUAAAUAAAUAGGCCUAAUGUACAUCAUAUAUAUAUUACAGAUAAUCGGACACUAAAUUUAGCAAAGCCUAAAACAUUGUAAUUAACUAUUGAGCAACUAUUUGAAAAAGAGAGACGAUGCGUGUGCGAGUGUUUCUUUUUUGUUUACAAUUUAUUGUAAAUAAUUCAUUCUUUUUCUGUUAACGACACAACCAUCGGCUAGUUUGUUUUUGUUUAGGAGAAAGCGACUACGAAUAAAAUUAAAAUUAGUGAAAAAAUGAGAAAAACAGGAAAUGUAUAUGUAUGUACUAUGGGAAGAACAAAAACAAAAAAAGGAAACAAAAAAACAAAAGGGAGAAAACGGAAGACACUUGAAUUUUUAACUGUUUUUAAUUGUUAGAGUUUGAAAAUACAAAAAUGAACUAUACAUAAUAAUCAUUUACUUAAUGAUAUGUUCGAUUUGAAAAUGCGGAUGCGAAAGACAUUAGUAGCCGACAGCACUAUCAACAGGAUGGAUAAAGAAAUUAUUUUAUUUAAAAAAUGUUACAUGAAAAACAAACGCAAAAAAAAAAAAAAAAUGGAGGAACAACUCAUAAUGUAGUCAUAGCGAAAACAAAAACGACAAAUAAAUGUAUUUAUAUUCCAAACUGAA